GGCUUGCCUAACCCAAGGCGAGGAGGACAAGGCAUACCGAUGUGGAAGCGGCCCAUAUCCAAGGCUGUUUCCCCACAGACCCUCCAACAGUGUCCCGUAACUCUAAUCCUACAGCCACCACCAAACCCAAAGCCGCCACGGAAGAAUUACAAGACUCCCAAGGCGCGGAGGACGGUAAUGGAGGCAGCUGGCUUUGAUUCUGAUGGCAGAGAAUUCAAGAACGCACAGGAAAUGUGGAGGGAGCAAAUUGGAGAUGCAGAUGAAGGAGAUAACCAUAAGAAGACUCAGUGGUACCGUGAAGGCGUUGCCUAUUGGGAAGGUGUGGAGGCAUCGGUAGAUGGGGUGUUGGGUGGAUUUGGGCAAGUAAAUGAGGCAGAUGUCAAGGGUAGUGAGGUUUUUCUCAAUACCCUUUUGCAUGAAAGAUUCGAUGGCGGUGGAAGAAAUCAGCAUCUUGUUGCUCUUGAUUGUGGUUCUGGCAUAGGGAGAAUAACCAAGAAUCUUCUCAUAAGAUAUUUUAACGAGGUUGAUCUACUUGAGCCAGUUUCGCAUUUCUUAGAUGCUGCCCGUGAAAGUUUGUCUCAGGAAUAUUUUGUAUCCUCUGAUGCGCACAAAGCAACUAAUUUCUACUGUGUCUCCCUUCAGGAGUUCACCCCUGAUGCUGGAAGGUACAAUGUUAUUUGGAUUCAGUGGUGCAUUGGUCAUCUCACAGAUGAUGACUUUGUCUCAUUUUUUAAGAGAGCAAAGGUAGGCCUUAAACCUGGUGGAUUCUUUGUCCUGAAAGAGAACAUUGCUAGAAACGGAUUUGUUUUGGAUAAAGAAGACCGAAGCAUCACCAGAUCUGAUUUAUACUUCAAGGACCUAUUUCGUCGGUGUGGAUUGCACCUGUAUAAAAUAAAGGACCAGAAAGGACUCCCUGAGGAAUUGUUUGCUGUAAAGAUGUAUGCUUUAACAACUGAAGGGCCAAAUAAGGUUCUCAAGACAAGAUCCAAGGCGCAAGCCAACAGACCUGGCAUCAUCAAAUGAUUUGUUGCCUCUUAACUUCUUGCAUUGUUGUAGGAGUACUCAAACUUUUCUGGUGUGGGAUGUGAUUUUAUCUUCCUAUGUAAUUUAUUAGUGUAUUACCUCAAAUUGUUUUUACUUUACAAGCUCCUUGUGGACAAAUUUUGUUCUUUUUCGUUUGAAGCUGUGUAUUUAUCCCUGGUAUACCUUUGAAGCUGUGUAUGUUCCUAAAUUCAAUUAUUGCUUGCAUAUUUUAA